CUUGUGCAGCAAUCGAACUUGCCGGUACUGUAAUAAAACCGUGAAACUCUAAUCUGAUGGUGAAUAAAAGUUAGUCAAAAAAGCACAGAACAUGAGUCUUUAUUUAAUGUGUAUUCUGGGCUCCCUGCUCGUCACUAGCUCCAGCGUCGCCGGUCAGAGCUUCAGCUACGAUGGGCAACGCGGACCCUUGCACUGGGGCGAGGAGUAUAACACGUGCGUGGGAAAGCAUCAGUCACCCAUUAAUAUCGAGGAGCACAUUGUUGUGAACGUCUCACUACCGUCUUUGAAAUUCUCCGGUUUGGACGUAUCUCGGAGCGCAUAUCUCACGAACAAUGGCCAUACCGUGAUGCUCAGAUUGAACGACCCCGAAACUGCGCAAGUUUCUGGUGGCCCAUUGGGUCAAGACCCGUAUGUGUUCGAGCAGCUCCAUUUCCAUUGGGGAGAAAAUGAUUCUGAGGGCUCGGAGGAUAAAAUCAAUAACCAUUCGUUCGCCAUGGAACUUCACGUUGUUUUCUACAAAAAAUCGUACGGAUCUAUGGGCGCAGCUGUACAUAAUCCCGAUGGACUCGCUGUUCUUGCUUAUUUCUUUGAGGCAAGCGAAGAUGAUAAUCCUACGUAUGAAUCGAUCGUAAAAUCUCUUCCGAGCAUCGAAAACCUCGACUCGAAUGUAAAAUUACCAGAGGAUUUGAUAAUCGAUCCAAUUCUCGUACCAAAUUAUUCUCUGAUGCAAAAUUAUUUUACGUACAACGGAUCGUUGACAACGCCACCUUGCUCCGAAGUAGUUACAUGGAUCGAUUUCAAAGAUCCACUGCCGCUAUCUCACGCACAAAUUGCGGCAUUCCGAGAUGUGAGAACUUCCGAAGGAAGCAAGUUAACACACAAUUUUCGGCCUGUUCAACCACUCGAAGAUCGAGUAGUCUAUCACAACAUCGUGAACGACGAUAAAGAUGCCAAUCUCAGUAAAAACAAAACUGUCGAAUCCAACACAAUCGCUGAAGCUCAUUCCGGGCAGUUCCAAUUGGACGGUUCUGUCGUGUCGACGGUAGCUGCUUUCCUAUUAACGUUUCGUUCGACGUUAUUCCCAAUGAUGCUUGAAGAUAUUCGGUAACGAGAUCCAGCUCGACCUGCUAUUUUUCUAAAUAGUUUCAUCGCUGGUGGAUCUCACAUUCGAGCGACACACACUCCUACAAAAUAUGUAUAUCAAUGACUUGUAGGCUAAUAGCUUUUUUCAUGACAAAAUCUUUGAUUGAACUAUCAGUGACGUCCCAAUCACUUUUCAUCAUUUUCCACCGAAAACACUAUUUCACGGGGACAAAAACUAAGUAAAAUAAUCGAAGAAUCGGAGAAAACAAUGAUUCAUCUGUAAAGAAAAUGAAAGACAUAAAUUCCUUGCGUUCCUUGAAUUGGACUAUGUAAAUGGAAAUCGAUUCGUAACUCUGAAAUGACAUUGCUGAUCGAUGGAAUAUUUAUUAGUUUUUUUUUUUCAUAGCUACACUGUGAUUGAAAAAAAAAAAUAAUGGCAUCUAUCAUGGAUGAUUGUAGAUUUACUCUGGUAAGAAUGAUUGUUUAAACGAAGUAAAAGCAAAUUUCUGUGCAUUGAAGUUUCAAGAAAAAAUCCCAAUCGAGAGUCAGCAACUUCACCAGGUUUUUAAUUGGAAGUAUUUUUACUUUCACGAAGACGACUAUCAAAAGUUUGUAUUCUCAUUGUGCACUUAUCAGACUGAACUGUUAUCUUGCUAGUUUAAUCAACGAUUUUAUUAAAUAUUUGUUCUAAAAACGAUUGAAAGUAUUUUUUCGAAAAACGUUCAUUUCUUCCAGGUUCAAUAACAUCUUUUUUAAUUACCAUAUGCAAUGCAAGGAUUGUAAGAAAAAAAUCCAUCUCAACGUUGCUAUAGAAUAAUGUUAAUAGACGCACACGAAGCUGAUUUGUGAUAAAAUCAUCGUUUCAUUGCUCGAUCAAAGUGAAUCCAGUGAACGACUUGCUCAUUCAACACGAAUGCCCAUGUGAAUGUAUAAGAGUGUGACUUGAAACGAGUAAAAUAUACAAAAUGUGCAUACUCGUAUCACGAUGUAAAUAUUUAUGCAAUAAAAUCAAACGUACGUCAA